CCGCGGCAACCAAGCAGUCUGAACCCAAGGGCUCUUCGGCCGCUGGGCCAGAUGCUGCCGGUUUUGUUCGCGCCAACCAGAGCUCGCGCAGCACAUAGCUCAUAGCCGAGGUCAACAUUCCCCGAUCGCCUACGCCACACGCCGUGCCGUGCACUCCUACGCUUCAUGGGCGCAUCCGCGCGUGCCCCCUCGCCGUCGCCACACAAAUGUCUCCGCUCCCACGCGCUCUGCCGCGCUCGCUCGCGUUCCUAGGCUGGGUUCUGCUGAUCCUCUUGCCCGCCCGCGCCGCGGACGCCGGGCCGCUGGCGACCGAGCUCCUGCGACCUCCCUUCACCGCCUCUAACAUCCUGUACGUCGACACAGGCGGCGCGUUCCUAGAGUCCACGAGCGGCGCGUUCAGGGCCGCCGUGUUCAACCCCGGGAAGCAGCAGGACAGGUUCUACCUCGCCGUCCUGCACGUCCCGUCCGCCACGCUUGUCUGGUCGGGCAACCGCGACGCGCCGACGACGUCGUCGGGACCGGUGAAUCUCACUUCGCAGGGGAUCACGGUGUCGAAGCCCGACGGAACAUUGCUGUGGUCGACGCCGUCGCAGCUGCGCUCGCCCGUCGUGGCGCUGCGGCUGCAGGACAGCGGGAACCUGCAGCUGCUGGGCGCCGGGAACGCGACCCUGUGGCAGUCGUUCGAUACCGCCACGGACACGUUGCUCCCGGGCCAGCUGCUGCGCGCCGGCGCGUACCUGUCGGCGGCGACGAGCGCCACCGAUCUCGCGGAGGGGAACUACCGGCUCGGCGUGACGGCCGCGGAUUUGGUGUUGACGUGGCAGGCGUCCACGUACUGGCGGCUGUCGAACGAUGCCCGCUCCUACAAGGAUCGGAACGCCGCCGUGGCGUCCGUGUCGGUGAACGCGUCGGGCUUGUUCGCGGUUGCUGCCGAUGGAGGCCUCGUGUUCCGCGUGAACAUCGGGGCGGCGGCGUUCCCCGUGCUAAGUCUCGGAUACGACGGCCGGCUGCGCAUCACGAGCUAUGCGCUGGUGAACUCCUCGGCGUCGCUUGGAAGCGACUUCGUGGCGCCGGCCAACGAUUGCGACCUCCCGCUUCAGUGCCCUUCCCUCGGGCUCUGCUCCCCGGCGGCGGGCAACAGCUCGACCUGCACCUGCCCGCCACUCUUCGCCGCCUCAGUGACGACGCCCGGCGCGUGCACGCCGGGGGACGGUUCAGCGCUCGCGUCGCCGGCCUUGUGCCAGAGCAACAACAGCACCGUGUCCCCGUCUUACCUCGCCCUCAAGUCGCAGGUGGCCUACUUCGCCACCAAGUUUGAUCCGCCGAUCAAGGCGGGCGUCAACCACAACGCGUGCCGCGGCCUCUGCUCCACGAGCUGCGGCUGCCUCGCCUACUUCUACGACAACCUCUCCCAAAGUUGCUACCUGAUCCAAGAUAAGCAGCUCGGCUCGCUGUAUUUUAGCUCUUCUGCUUCAGCCUUGGGAUACAUCAAGACGGUCCCUUCGGCGAACAAUGCUACAAGAAACAAUCCAAGCUCGUCGUCUGCGAACCGUGCCAUCCCAAUCAUCCUGCCAUCCAUCGCAGCUUUCCUACUCCUCGCCGUGAUCAUAUGCUACUUGUGCUGGAGGAGGAUGAGCAAGAACGGCAAGAAAAAGAAAGGCAAGAGCACCGGCGUCAAGCAGGUGUACAUGGGCCGUCAAAAGGACACCGGUAGCGCGGACGACGACGAGGACGACGACAACGUCGUCGUACCGGGCAUGCCGACGCGGUUUAGCUACAUGGAGAUUGCGGCGAUGACUGCCAACUUCGGGACGAAAAUAGGCUCCGGCGGGUUCGGGUCUGUGUACAAAGGGGAACUCCCCGGCGUCGUCGAAGGGCUCGUUGCGGUGAAGAAGCUCGAGGCCGUCGGCGUGCAGGCCAAGCGGGAAUUCUGCACCGAGAUCACGGUCAUCGCCAACAUCCGGCACGUCAACCUCGUGCGCCUCCGCGGCUUCUGCGCCGAGGGCUCGCGCCGGCUGCUCGUCUACGAGUACAUGAACCGCGGCUCGCUUGACCGGUCGCUGUUCGGCCGCACGGGGCCGAUCCUGGAAUGGGGGGAGCGCAUGGAGGUGGCGCUCGGCGCGGCUCGUGGCCUCGCAUACCUGCACACCGGGUGCGACCAGAAGAUCGUGCACUGCGACGUGAAGCCGGAGAACAUCCUGCUGGCAGACGGCGGGCAGGUUAAGAUCGCUGACUUCGGCCUUGCCAAGCUGAUGUCGCCAGAGCAGUCUGCGCUGUUCACCACCAUGCGUGGCACCCGCGGGUACCUGGCGCCAGAGUGGCUCAGCAACGCCGCCAUCUCGGACCGCGCUGACGUGUACAGUUUCGGUAUGGUGCUCCUGGAGCUGAUACACGGGAGGAAGAACAGGGGCGAGCAGACCAACGACAACGCCGCCGUCGCCGUCGCCGGCGCCGGCGCCGGCAGCAGCGUGCAGUCGGACUGGCCGUCCGGGUGGAGCAGCGCGACGGCGACGUCUUCGCCGAGUGGCGCCAGCGGCAGUGGCGAUGAGUACUUCCCGAUGGUGGCCAUGGAGCUCCACGAGCAGGGAAGGCACUUGGACCUGGUGGACCGGAGGCUAGAAGGCCGCGUGGACGGGGCCGAGGCGGCGCGUGCCGUGCGCAUCGCGCUGUGCUGCCUGCACGAGGACCCCGCCCAGCGGCCGAGCAUGGCCGCCGUGGUGCGGAUGCUGGAAGGCACCGUGGCCCCUCCGGAGCCGCGCGUGGAGGCGCUCGGGUUCCUCCGCCUGUACGGGAGGGGCCACGCCGUGCCGAACACCUCCCUGAUCGCCAUGGCUGGCACGUCGGGCUCGGCGGGCACGUCAUCGUCGAUGGCCGGCGUCGCGGAGUUGACUGAUACGUCGCAGAGCGUGUCAGCGCCAAGAUAGCACCACAAGCUCUAGCUCCUGCGACGUGGCAAACGGUAAAGAUCAGACGCUGCAUAGGUCAUGGUGCCUCCGUGGCUUUGCAGUGCUUGGUCAAAAGAGAUGACAUGUAUAGCAGCUGAUUUUUUUCGCAAGGGAGAACACGACAGGUACAACAGCAGAGAAAAAUGGUCGUAAACAACAAUAAACUAUUUUCAGUGGGUUUAAACUAAGGUUAGGUAUGCUCUUGGUGGCUUGCCAUGCCGAUUUCUGAUUAUUGUAUUUCUAUGGCCUGCAAUCUUGUUGGGGGGGGGGGGGGGGGGGGGGGGGGGGGGGGGGGAUGUACCGGUCCAUGUACAUGGGACGUCGAUGGUGAGCAGAUGUGGAUAGCUAGUUUUUCCAUGUUUGGAUUUUCUAACAUGAAAGCAGACAAUUUGUUUCUUUGUUUGA